CAAAGCGGAGUUUAGAGGCCAAUCGAAAGAGAUUAGUUCAAUUAAGAAAGUAAACAUCGUAAAAGUUGGAAGUUGUGAAGGAAAAUCAAACACGGAUACUACAAGCUCAUAGGAGUACAAGUCUAUCCAGGUCAGAUGUUUUCGGUACUGUAUAUUUUCUACUUUUCAUCUUUGAUUCCUCUGCGCAUGGCCAUUAGUCUGCAAUGUGAACCCGCUGAGCAGUCAGAGGGUGGAAAGGCUCUGAAAGGUCACAUCUCUAAAUCAAAAAGGGUACAAGAUCCGUACGAGUGUCUGAUGUUCUGCUACAGCGAACUCACAUGUCAGAGCUACAAUUACGUCAAAACUGGUAAACUUUGCGAGCUUAAUAACAGAAUCAAAGAGGCAAGACCUGAAGAUUUAGUCCGAGAUGAAACUAGAUUCUACGUGCGACGAUGGAAGAACAGAGUCUCUUUAGGCUCCGCUCCCGAGAUGCCUGCCGAGUCUUGUGGUGAGAUCAAAGCCAGCGAACAAGGGAUGGCGGUCAGCGGUAGAUAUUGGCUGGAGCCCCAGGAGACAAAAAUGAAAUCCAAGAACUUUCUAGUUUAUUGUGACAUGGUAUCAGAGGAUGAGGCCUGGACUCUCCUCGCUCGGUUUUCAAACAGUGACACUAAAUACUGGAUGGAUGACUCAGGAGACUGGUGGUAUGACAGUGCUCAAGCUGCAGGAGAAACCACUGACCCGUCACACAACCCAGACAUGAUAUCACCAGCGUUCUGGCUGGUCAGUGGCAGAGAGCUUAAGAUCACGCGCAAUGAUGACUCUGGACACACUCCUCUAUUGCAAACCACAGGGAACUGUCUGAGUGGGAAGACAUUCCGCUCCAAAAUUACUAGCUAUGGCAACUUCAGAAACGGUUCAGUCUGGUCUAAGGGUGAGUGCCUUGGAAAAUGCAAAGUUAAAUAUGGAGGACAAUACCUGACAACUGAGGGCUUCGGACAGGCUUCAUGCAGUGGUGACCUGCAAGGUGCUGAUGAGGUCGGCUUCUGGUGUAACAAGGGCUGGAGUGGUUCUGUGAUCAUGAUUGGAGGAGGUGGAACUGGUUGUUCAGGUGCCGAUCACGGAAUUGGGACAACGGUGGCGAAACUUGCCUCUUUUAAAAUCAAAGAAGAUAACAGAAGAGAAUCUGACUUUAGUAACGACGCAUGGGGUUCGAUAACUAAAAGUUACUCGUUGAAUUUGUGGAUUCGUUAA